CAUUAAUUACAGGAAGAAUGAACUUGAGGAAAAGAUGUUACUUAAUCUUCACAAGAAGAAAUGGACUGAUGGUUUGACACUUCGACGGUUUGAUACACAUUCCAAAACUAAUGAACAAACUGUACAGGAAAUGCUGAACUUAGCUAUCAAAUAUAACAAGGCUGUUCAAGAGGAAGAUGAGCUGCCUCCAAAAAAGCUUGCUAUAGCAAAUGUGGGAAGACAGGAUGCGAAGAAGCAUCUUGAAGAGCACGUCUCAAAUUUGAUGUCUUCCAACAUC